CAAUCAUGAAAAUAAAUCGAUAUGGUGACAAAUUUUAUUGAUAAGAAACGCCAACUUGAUGUUUGCCAAAUCCAUAAUUUCAUGUAGUUCUUUCAAACUGUGCAAAAUAAAAUAGUGUUAAGUAUAAUGGCACAAAAUCCAAUAUUGGGUGAUUACAUCUGGGCGAAACCCCUAAUGGAAAGUGAAUUCAACAUUCCAAUUGGAGGAAAAAUAGUUGCUAUUGAAUCGACCAGAAUCAAAAUUCAAGACGAUGAUAAUAGACAGUCGUAUAUUUCGAACCGGCAAAUUCUCAAAAAAAUGCAUAUCUCUUCUAUCAAAGGGGUUGAAGAUAUGAUCAAUUUGGGAGAACUGGAAGAAUACGCUAUCCUCAGGAAUUUACAUAAGAGAUACAACGAAAAACUGAUAUACACAUAUACAGGUUCUAUGUUAGUAGCGAUAAAUCCUUAUGAAAUUCUGCCAAUAUACACCAACUUUCUCGUCAAAGAGUACAAAAACAAAAAAAAGGAGGAAAAGCCUCCCCAUAUUUUUGCAAUUGGAGACAAUAGCUACACGAACAUGAUGACCACUAAAAAGGAUCAAUGUAUAGUCAUCAGUGGAGAGAGUGGGGCAGGGAAAACAGAAAGUACGAAACUUAUUCUUCAGUACCUCGCUUCAACGAGCGCUCAGCAUACUUGGAUAGAGCAACAAAUUUUGGAAGCGAAUCCCAUCUUAGAAGCAUUCGGUAACGCUAAAACCGUCAGAAACGACAAUUCUUCCCGGUUCGGAAAGUAUAUCGAUAUCCGAUUCAACAAAGCGGGAAACAUAGAGGGCGCCCAUAUCGAUCAGUACCUUUUGGAGAAAAGUAGACUUGUUUUCCAAAGUGACGGUGAUCGUAACUAUCAUAUUUUUUAUAGCAUGCUGGCUGGUAUGAGCAAAGAAGAAAAGAAACGAUUAGAUUUGGGAGACGCCGAGUCAUAUACCUAUCUUAAAGGCGGAAGAACUCUAGUUUGCCAAGGAAGAAAUGAACAAAAAGAAUUUUCGGACAUCACGGCAGCAUUUAAAGUGCUCAACUUCACCGAAACGGAAAUCACCGACAUUUUCUCUUUGCUGGCAGCAAUUCUACAUCUGGGCAACCUCAGAUUCAAAAGCGGUACCGUCAACCACUCCGACAGUUCCGAGAUAGGCGAUGUCCACCUCAACGAGAAAAUUGCCAGACUACUAGAAGUGAACAAGUUUGAUCUCGGAGAAUCCCUCACAAAAAAAACCUUGUAUGCCCACGGAGAUAAGGUGGUGGCAAAUUUAUCAAAAGAUCAAGCCGGGGAAUCUCGGAAUGCCUUCGUGAAAGGUAUAUACGGGCAACUUUUCAUUUUUAUUGUCGACAAAGUCAAUGGAGUAAUUUCAUCCAAGAAGCUACAAUCAAAAUCGUCAAUAGGCGUGCUGGAUAUUUUCGGAUUCGAAAAUUUUUCAAUCAACAGUUUCGAACAAGUUUGCAUAAAUUAUACCAAUGAAAGUCUCCAGCAGUUUUUCAUCAACCAUAUCUUCAAGUUGGAGCAGGAAUACUACACCAAAGAAGGAAUAAACUGGUCCAAUAUAACGUUCAUCGAUAACCAGGAUAUCUUGGAUCUGCUGGGAAUGAAACCGUUGAACGUUCUUUCGUUGAUCGAUGAAGAAUCCAAGUUUCCGAAAGGCACGGACUUUUCCUUAUUGUCCAAGUUACAUAAACAACACGAAAAACACGCAAAGUACAUCAAAUUGAAAAAUGAUAUUACGCCCUCGUUUGGAAUUCGUCAUUUCGCUGGGGACGUUUAUUACGAUAUACCAGGAUUUCUUGAGAAAAACCGCGAUACGUUCAGUCAAGACUUGAAAAAUCUGGUGAUUGGAUCUCGAAACAACCUUCUUAAAAAUCUCUUCAAAGGCGAACUUGACUCUGCAUUGAAAAAAACACUAUCAGCUCAGUUCAAAAUGUCCUUAGACCAGCUCUUGAAAACUCUAGGGUCCUGCCAUCCUUAUUUCGUAAGGUGCAUCAAGCCCAAUAACGAAAAAAAACCCCAAAUAUUCGACAGAAGCCUAUGCACAAGACAGCUGCGCUAUUCCGGCAUGAUGGAAACUGCAAAAAUCCGAAAGGCAGGGUAUCCCAUCCGGUACACGUACAUCGAGUUUGUCGACACGUUUCGGUUCUUGGCAAGUAACAUUCCGCCAUCAGCCAAAGGCGACUGCAAGGCUUCCGCCACGAAAAUUCUAGCCAAGGCAUUUCGCAACGUAGAGCAGAAGAACUAUCAGCUCGGACAUACGAAGGUGUUCCUCAAACACAACGACAACGACAUUCUAGAAGAGCUACGCAACAAAAUACUGGAGCAAGCCGUGAGCACUUUGCAGAGGGUGGUCAAAGGCUGGGUGCACAGGAGACGAUUCCUGAAGAAGCGGGCGGCCGCUAUAGUCUUGCAGAAGCACUUUAGGGCCAGAGGCUACAGAAAGAGAUACCUAAUGAUGCGCAACGGGUUCCAACGUCUGCAAUCCGUGAUCAUUUCCAGGCAGCUCGCGCACGCCUAUCAAAAAAUUCGAAAGAACAUCGUAUCUAUUCAGGCUAGCAGUCGGGGAUAUAUAGUUAGAAAACACAGUCAGUUUGGGAACAUUUUCGCUAUUGUCAAGCAGAGGAAGAGUGAAGAGGCAGAUCUGAUGAAGCGUGGUCAUAAAAAUUACAAGGCUGAGGCUGAGACUGCGAUGCAGCAGAAGCUUGCAAAUUAUCACCGGAACCAAGAAAAUGUAAGCGAGGAAAAACCAGCAAACGAAGACAUCGAAUCACCCCGAGAUAUUAUAAACAAAGCAUUUAGAGAAAUUUUUGAGGCUGACGAAAACGGGAUCAAUGGGUCUCUGGUGGAACCACCAACUCCAACGCAGAAAACGUUUGAUAGACCUUUCCAAGAAGAUCUAAGCGAGUUCAACUUUAGAAUAUAUGCAGCAACGUAUUUUACGAACAAUGUCAACUAUCAGUUUUCAAAGAAACCUCUUAAGGAAUCCCUACAUUAUCUUCCGACCCCAGAUGACGUGAUCGCCGCACAAGCCUUGUGGAUAACCAUCCUCAGGUUCAUGGGAGACUAUCCGGAGCCCAAAUACGACAAUUCGACGAAAGAAAACGUUCCCAUCAUGCAAAUCAUCUCAGAGUCGAUCGGCAAAAGUUUCACGAAUCGUAAAGAGUACCAGGAAAUACUCAAAGAAGAAAAAAAAUAUGCCUCUGCAACAAAAUCAAGCAGAAAGAAACUGAUAAACAUGACUCUGAAGAGAAAAAAUAAAUUGCUUGAAGACGUCAGGAAAGGCUUGGUAGAAGACACUUUUGCCCUGGAUAAAUACAAUGAAUGGUUACACAAGAGACGAACAAACAACUUGGAAAAAUUACACUUUAUCAUUGGCCACGGCAUUUUGCGUCCGGAACUAAGAGACGAAAUUCUGGCAAUGAUCUGCAAACAACUCACCAAUAACUAUAUCAAAUCUUCAUACGCGAGAGGUUGGAUACUCCUCUCACUUUGUGUGGGCUGCUUUUCUCCAUCGGAAAAGUUCAUAAACUAUCUGAGAUCCUUUAUAAGAUCUGGUCCUCCAGGAUAUGCUCCAUACUGUGAAGGGAGGUUGAAUCGAACGCACCAAAACGGGGUUAGAACACAGCCCCCAAGCUGGUUGGAACUCAUGGCCACCAAGAAUAAGGCUCCUAUGCACCUCGAAGUCACUCUCAUGGACGGUACCAGUCAAAUAGUGGAGGUUGAUUCGGCUACAACUUCAGAAGAACUUCUCGCACAAAUAAGUACCACUCUUAAUCUAAAGGAUGUCUUCGGAUUUUCUCUAUUCGUAACUUUGUAUGACAAGGUAAUGUCUUUGGGAAGCGAGAGUGAUAAUAUUAUGGAUGCCAUUUCUCAAUGUGAGCAAUAUGCCAAAGAACAGGGACAAGAAGAGAGAAACUGUCCGUGGCGCCUCUUCCUACGCAAGGAAAUCUUCACUCCUUGGCACGAUCCUUCGGAAGAUUCCGUCGCUACCAACUUGAUCUACCAUCAGAUAGUAAGAGGUUUGAAAGCAGGUGAAUAUCGGUGCAACAACGAAGCAGACGUGGUCGUACUGAUCGCGACUCAGUACUUCGUGGAUAACGGACCCCAAUUCAACAAGAACGUUCUCCAUACUCGCAUCGGAGAAUACAUGCCGACCUACUUGGUCAAAGCGAGUCAGAGCGACUUGUCCGAUUGGGAGACCAAAAUCAUGAACGCCUUCUCCAACCUAGCAUUCGUCAAACAAAACUUGCCAGCGAUCACUGCAAAGGAGGCAGUGGUAAAAUACGCGCAGUCGACGUGGCCGAUACUUUUUUCCAAAUUUUACGAGGCGAUCCAGGUGUCUGGGCCGGAACUUCCUAAAAAGGACAUGAUCAUUGCUGUGAACGGAAGUGGAAUUUUCAUGAUCGACGAUCAAGAGCAGAUACUGCUAGAACUGAUGUUUGCAGAUGUUUCCUAUGCGACUUACGAAGUUACGCCCGAGCUACGGUUCGUUUUUCAUACGGUGGCCAAGGAGGAGUACACCUUUUAUACUUUGGACGCGAAGAGCAUAUCCACUUUGGUGCAAUAUAUCGUCGAUGGACUGAAGAAGAGGUCGGUCUACUGUGUCGCAACGCAAGAUCACUCUCAUCCUACAGGGGCAGAAUCAUUCUUGUCUUUCCGCAAAGGUGAUCUAAUCGUUCUCCAGAACGACUUCGACGGAGAAAAACUGAUGAAUUCCACCUGGGGAUACGGAGAAAGUAAUGGCAAAGUCGGAGACUUUCCAACUGAAAACGUCUACAUUAUACCCACGUUGCAGUGUCCCCCUGCCGACAUUCUUAAAUGCUUCAAAAAAGAAGGUAUAGUAAUCGGAAAGCCCCACAAGACGAUAGUCACCACGUUGCAAAGAAUGAAGCUAUACACCUUGGCGAGCUACGCCACGGAUCACUUCAGAGAGGGUAAAAUACGAACUGUUAACAAGACAUCAGUGUUAACGACUGCGAGAAAAAUGUCAAAAGAAGACCUCUGGAAAUACUCCAACGAACCGAUAUACCAACCUCUAUUGCAGAGCGUUCUGGCAGACGAAACCGCCAGUAAAGAAGCGUGCAAUAUAUACACCGCCAUCCUCAAGUAUAUGGGCGAUCUGCCAGCUCCAAAAUCCAAAUACAGCAACGAAUACACGGACAUCAUCUUCGGAGGGCCUUUGAGGAAUGAGUUGCUCAAAGACGAGGUGUACUGCCAGAUUAUGAAGCAACUUACGUUCAAUAGGCUUUCCUUGAGUGAAGAAAGAGGGUGGGAAUUGAUGUAUCUAAUCACAGGGCUGUAUUCGCCAAGUGAGAAAUUGAACGUGGAGCUUCAGAAGUUCUUAAAAUCGAGAACUCAUCCAUUCGUGGAGCAUUGUUUGCUUAGACUGCAGAAGACUCAAAAAGUUGGGCCAAGGAAGUUCGCCCCAUACUCCAUCGAAGUGGAUGCCAUUCAACACAAGAGCAUGGAAAUAUAUCACAAAAUUCAUUUCCCAGACGACACGGAUGAAGCAUUUGAAGUUGACUCUAUGAGCCGAGCCACAGACCUUUGCAAAGCCAUAGCCGCAAGAUUAGAGUUGCAAUCCACGGACGGUUUCAGUCUGUUUGUUGCCAUCGCCGACAAGGUAUUCUCGGUUCCCCAACAGACGUUUUUCUAUGAUUUCCUAAGCGAACUGAUCGAUUGGAGACGGCAGUUGCAUCCGAACUGGGGAAAGACUGUAGUCGAUAUUCAUUACCAAGUCUUCUUUAUGAAGAAGCUCUGGGUGAACACGGUGCCAGAGAAGGACCACAAUGCCGACCAAAUAUUUCAUUAUCAUCAAGAAGUGCCUAAGUACCUGAAAGGAUACCACAAGUGUAGCAAACAGGAUGCAGUCAAACUUGCGGCCCUUAUUCUUAGAGCCAAGUUUGAAGACAAUGUUUCUGACGUUCAGUCUGCUCUACAACAUGACUUGAAGGAUUGCAUUCCCUGUGAUAUCGUAAAAGCUGCCAGUUCUUCGGAGUGGAGGAAAACUAUUUUGGCGGAAUACAGGAAUUUGAGAAUCAACGGAGAGCAAUCGAAGACACAAUUUUUGAAGACCACUUUCAAAUGGCCCACGUUCGGAUCUACGUUCUUUGAGGUGAAACAGUCCACCGAACCAACUUAUCCUGAGGUUAUCCUGAUAGCCAUCAACAAACACGGAGUCAAUAUUAUACAUCCGCAGACCAAAGAUAUUUUGGCCAUCCAUGAGUACUCUGAGCUGAGUAAUUGGUCAUCAGGGGUUACCUACUUUCAUCUAACCAUAGGAAACAUAAUGAGAAAAACGAAACUUUUAUGCGAAACCUCUCAAGGUUACAAGAUGGACGAUUUAAUCACUUCAUAUACCGAUUAUAUUAGACUUGAACAAGCCAAAUAAUUGUACUAGAUGUUUCACUGUAGAAUAAGUUUAUAACAAAUAAAUUAUGUUUAGCUCGUUUAAUUUAUGGUUUCAAUGUAAGCACCGUGAUAACUGUAAAACAAAAUAAAUCGAAUUGUUGUUCUGCUGA